CUGGUCGCUGCAUUUCCUCUACACCUUCCAGUGUUCAUUACCCAGCAGCCUUUGCUAUCGGUUGAAAGAUACCGCGCAGCGCAACCAUCUACACAACACCUUGAGCGAGUGUUAAGAUCAGCGGAAUUGUUGUUCACCGCUAGCGACGAUGAUGAAAUGGUUCAUGUCUGGUUGCCCCUUGGGAGACGUAUAGAUACGCGCGAUUAUCCAGUGCUUCCAUCGCAUCCAGCAUCAGCGCGCAUAAUCAACGUACUGGGCUUCUCGACCCGAACCUCAGCCAGACGUAAGCAGCAGCAAACCACAUGCAUCAUCAAAGCUGUAAAGGACAGGUCGCAGCACCAAGGGCAGAGAGAAUUGGAUGCGGUGUUCCAGGAUGGUGAUGGCGGAGUAAGGUUGGACGAAGCGGGUUCCCCUUUGUGUCUGAUAGGAAGAGAGGUCGAAAGUUACGAAUGCUUC